AUGAUGAUCUUCUGGACAGUCACACUUUUCCUGCUGGGAGCAGCCAGAGGAAAAGAAGUUUGCUAUAAGGAUGUUGGGUGCUUUUCUGAUUCUGAGCCUUGGGCUGGAACUGCAAUCAGACCCCUGAAAAUUCUCCCCUGGAGCCCUGAGAAGAUCAACACCCGUUUCCUGCUCUACACCAAUGAGAACCCAGACACCUUUCAGAUGCUGCAGCUCUCUGAUCCAUCGACCAUCGAGGCAUCUAAUUUUCAAACGGACAGGAAGACCCGGUUCAUCAUCCACGGCUUCAUAGACAAGGGCGAUGAGAGCUGGGUGGGAGACAUGUGCAAGAACAUGUUCAAGGUGGAGGAGGUGAACUGCAUCUGUGUGGACUGGAAGAAGGGCUCCCAAACCACCUACACACAGGCUGCCAACAAYGCGCGCGUGGUGGGCGCCCAGGUGGCCCAGAUGCUCAGCAUCCUCUCGACGAACUACAGCUACUCACCUUCUCAAGUCCACCUCAUCGGCCACAGCCUGGGAGCCCACGUGGCGGGAGAGGCUGGGAGCAGGACCCCAGGCCUGGGCAGGAUUACUGGACUGGAUCCCGUGGAAGCAAGUUUCGAGGGCACUCCUGAGGAGGUUCGACUUGACCCUUCGGAUGCUGUCUUUGUGGAUGUGAUUCACACAGACGCGGCACCCUUGAUCCCAUUCCUGGGUUUUGGAACAAACCAAAUGAUGGGUCACCUUGACUUCUUCCCCAAUGGAGGAGAGAACAUGCCGGGGUGCAAGAAGAAUGCCCUGUCACAGAUCGUGGACCUCGACGGCAUCUGGUCAGGAACCCGGGACUUUGUGGCUUGCAAUCACCUAAGAAGCUACAAGUAUUACUUGGACAGCAUCCUCAGCCCUGAUGGGUUCACUGCGUACCCUUGCAUGUCCUACAAGGCCUUUGAGUCUAACAAGUGCUUCCCCUGCCCAGAUCAAGGGUGCCCGCAGAUGGGUCACUAUGCUGAUAAAUUUGCUGGCAAGACGAGUGCAGAGCAGCAGAAAUUCUUUCUGAACACAGGCGAUGCCAAGAAUUUUGCACGCUGGAGAUACGGGGUUUCUGUAACACUGUCUGGAAGAACAAUCACUGGUGAGGUCAAGGUGGCUUUGUUUGGAGAUAAGGGAAACACUCGCCAGUAUGACGUCUUCAGGGGUAUCAUCAUGCCAGGCUCUACCCACUCCAAGGAGUUCGAUGCAGAGCUCGAUGUCGGAACGAUUGAGAAAGUCAAGUUUCUUUGGAAUAACCACGUGGUGAACCCGACCUUCCCCAGAGUGGGUGCAGCCAAGAUCACUGUGCAAAAGGGAGAGGAGAAGACAGUGUACAACUUCUGUAGCAAAGAAACUGUGAAAGAAGAUGUUCUGCUCACUCUCACACCUUGUGAAACUCCAGACACACUGUAA